UCUGGCGUUCUCUAUAGAAACUCUAAACCCUUCGUGUGUGGGUUUAAAAUCCAAAGCCUAAAAAUUAAAGGCCAUAAAUUUCAAUGGAGUUAGCUUCUUCGACAUUCCAGAGCUCUUGCUCUUUACUGGUAACAGUGUCUUCCACAUCUGCCUUUCGAGCUCAGUCUCCUUCUUUAUUCUUCUUGAGAUGUUCAUCUCCAAAUCUUAAUUUCUCUUCUAAUUUCAAAGGUUGCCUACUGCCAGUUGUGGGGACCAGGCAGCGGAAAUUUUCUCCGGUCGCUGUUAUUGGCGGUGCAACUGAUGUAUCUAGUGAUAGGAAAGGGAAGGAAUUUUCUGAUUCAUCUGAACCCACGGCGGUUAAUGAUAAUUCUGAAAGAAAUGAAACAGAUAGUGUGGAUGAGGGUAAAAUGGUCCGAGUAUGUGACAAGUUAAUCGGGGUUUUCAUGGUUGAUAAGCCCACACCUAAUGAUUGGAGAAGGUUGCUUGCUUUUAGCAAAGAAUGGGACAAUAUUCGGCCUCAUUUUUUUAAGCGUUGUCAGGAACGAGCAGACAGUGAGCAUGAUCCUGGGAUGAAGCAUAAGCUAUUCAGGCUUGCAAGGAAGCUGAAAGAGAUUGAUGAAGAUGUACAAAGGCAUAAUGAACUUAUUAAAGUGAUCAAGGAGGAACCAUCAAAGAUUAGUGAAGUUGUUGCUAGGCGUCGCAAAGACUUCACAAAAGAAUUUUUUAUACAUCUGUUCACUGUUGCACAAUCAUAUAAUGGCAAUCCCACUGAGCAAAAUGCCUUGGCAAAGCUUGGAAAUGAUUGUGUGGCUGCUGUACAAGCCUAUGAUAGUGCAGCAGAAAGCAUGGAAGCAUUGAAUGCUGCAGAGUUAAAAUUGCAAGAUAUUAUCAAUUCUCCUUCUCUGGAUGCUGCUUGCAGGAAGAUAGAUGAUUUGGCUGAGAAAAAUCAACUUGAUUCAUCAUUGGUUUUGAUGAUCACAAAAGCAUGGUCAGCUGCCAAAGAGUCGAACAUGACAAAAGAUGAGGUAAAAGACAUACUUUAUCAUCUGUAUAUGACGGCAGUAGGUAAUCUUCAGAGACUCAUGCCAAAGGACAUUAGGAUAGUGAAGUAUCUUCUUAAAAUUGAGGAUCCUGAGGAGCUAUUAUGUGCAUUAAAAGAUGCAUUUACCCCGGGAGAGGAGCUUGAAGGAAAGGAUGUGGACUCCCUGUACACGACCCCAGAAAAGCUACAUACUUGGAUUAAGGCUGUGGUGGAUGCUUAUCAUUCCAGUCAGGAAGGCACUCUUAUAAGAGAGGCAAGGGAUCUGAUGAAUCCAAAAAUUGUCAAAAAACUUGAAGAACUGAAGAUCCUAGUUGAAGACAAUUUCAUGUGAUAAUGAGGCUCGUCUAUCUAAAAGGUAAAUGAGGCAGCGAGAUGGAUGCUAGAGGACAAAGAGGAUGCUAUCAAAUCACUGAGCAAAGCAGCGGAAAGACUACUCGAGUAACUCUGGAACAGAUAACGUCCUUCAUAAGGAGACCAUAAUAAAUCUGGAGGAAGCAGAUGGAGAAAGCUUCAUGCAAAGUUCUCGAUAAAGAUGAUGAGCAGAAAUUUGGCUUGUGACUAUUUUUAAAAAUGGAUAUUGAGCUUAACAUGUCUUAUACAUUUCUGUUCAUUAUUUAUGUUAAUUAGUUAACCAGUAUGUUUGUUGACAUUGUAUUUCGGAGAGACAUAUUGUUGUACAUUGGCAAUAUAUGGAUGUUAAGAGUAAUUGAUUCUUCAA